AUGGCAGUCAGGGUGGUCCUGGUGGGGAAAGCAGGAGCAGGAAAGAGUGCAUCAGGAAACACUAUCCUGGGAGAAGAGAAGUUCAAGGUAGUCUUUGCUGCCCAGUCAGUGACAAGACAGUGUGAAAGGGCCAAUGGAAAGGCCAGUGGAACAGAGACCAUGGUGUCUGUCAUAGACACCCCAGGCCUGUUUGACUCUGAGCUCUCAGAGUCCUCUGUCAGGACUCAGCUGGUGGAGUGCAUCGCCCUCUCCUCUCCUGGACCCCACGUCUUCCUGCUGGUGGUGGGCAUCGGACGCUUCACAGAGGAGGAGCAGAAGGCGAUGGCCAGGGUCCAGGAGAUCUUCGGAGAGGCAGCAUUGAAACACACAAUGGUCCUGUUUACCUAUGGGGACAAACUGAAAGGGAAAAAGAUUGAGGACUUUAUUGAAGAAGGGGGUGCAAAUCUAAAGAAACUCAUGAAGGACUGUGGGAACAGGUACCACGUAUUCAACAACGAGAAAAUGGACGACCGAGAACAGGUGCAGCAGCUGCUGGAGAAGGUCACAGCCAUGGUGGAGGAGAAUCGAGGACAGUUCUACACCAAUGCCAUGUACCAACAGGUGGAGAGCGCCAUCCAGAGGAGAGAGGAGGAACUCAGACAGCGGUACGAAAAAGCCGAGAGAAAACGAAAAACUGGAGUCAGAGUUAGAGCGCCUGAUGGGGGAAAUGGAGAUAAAAGACAAAACGAUAGAUGAUCUGAGGAGGCAAGUUCUCAGAGAAGAAGCAGAAAAAGACAUUGACAAGAACCCUGGGAUGGUGGAUCAAUUUGCAAAAGUUUUGUGGCCAAACUGCUCCACUCAAUGAAAUUCUAAAGAACAUUUUGCCAUGGUAAAAUUACUGUAACGACUGACUUCCAAUCUCCCCCUGCUUGUCAGCCAUUUGUAUAUCUUUGCAGACAUUUUAUCUUUCUCAUUGUACAUUACCUGCCAGCUCACUUGGGGUUAUGUUAUCGUCAUAACUUUACCUAUUGUAUAGCAUUACCACAUCACAUGUAUUUAAAUAUGAUCAGUAAUCCACAUACACCAAAUGAACAAACCAUUAGGUUGUGCUUGUAAACUCUCGU